CGAAUGAGUGGAUCAUGAGGAACAUACUUUAGGGACUUGCCAUAGUAUGGCUGCUUCUCGAUCUACUCGUGUUACAAGAUCAACAGUGGGGUUAAAUGGUUUGGAUGAAAACUUUUGUGGCCGAACAUUAAGAAACCGUAGCAUAGCUCAUCCAGAGGAGGUUCCUUCUCUUCCACAAGUAAGAUCAAGAUCACCAAAGAAGAAAUCAGACUCUCUGCAGACUCAGAAGGCAAAUAGCAAUGGGAAAGCUAAUGAUGUCAAGCAGCACAGUUCUAAAGAAUCAUGGGUAAGCCCUAGAAAAAGAGGCCUCUCAACUUCAGAAAAGGAUAAUGUUGAGAAACAAAUUGUGGAAAAUUGUGAGAAGAAACAAGUGGAACCUCUUUCACCAGUUUUAAAGAGAAUUAAGCGUUGCUUACGCUCAGAGGCCCAACAUAGUUCAGAAGAAGUGCUACCUUCUAAAACAGGGAAAGAUCGGUUGGAACAUAAAAAUUCAGUAUCAGACAAUGUUACGGUCAAUCCAGGGCCUAAACGAGCUUGCCGAUGUCUUACAUUGGACAAUAAUGAUAAAAGGGAGGUUAAAAAGGUAACUGUUUGUGCAGAAAAAUUAAAUCAUUCUUCAGUAACCGAAGAACUCAUAAGUUGUCAAUCUGUCAAUGGGGUUAAUGGGAAUGGCUCAAGUGCUACAAAGUGUUGUGACUGUCAAUUGGAUGGACCCACUGCACAGAACAGUGCUGAUUCCUGUUCAUCUGAGGAAAAAAGUAUAGCAAAAAAUGGAAAUACAUCAUCAUUUUUUCAUAGCAGAAACAAGGAGGACAGUUUUAUAGACCACAGUGUGCCUUGCACAAAUUCACAAGAACAGUUAACCUGUGAGGACCAUAAACAAGUAAAGAACUGUUUGUCUGAGGAAACUGUUAACCAGACACAUGAGUCUGGUACGGGUAAAGGAUCCUUUUAUGAAACCCAGUCAUCUUUGUUAAGGGAUUCUGAGGAAGAAGUAGACGUGGUGGGUUAUAGCACUGCCACAAAAGAGCAGUCUGAAAACACCAACAGCAAUCUGGACAGUUACGAUAGUACAACUGCUUCAAGUGAACCUGAACCACCAGUUUUGGACUGUGUUUCAGCUCCAAUUUCAUCAACAUCAGAAUCUCAAGAACAUAGGUACACCUUGAGAACAUCACCAUGGAGGGCAGGCUCAACAAAAAUUAGCCCUAUUAAACAUAACUCUCCAUGUAAAGAGAAUGGACAGCUUGAGGAAAACAAUCAUACUGUCCCUGAAAAGAAUAUAGAAUCAAGUGUUAUUAAUAUCAGUGGAUCUGGUGCAAACACAGAAAUUGCUCCAAGUGAAAGGGAAAGUUACUGUGAUUCCAGAGAACACCCAGAGGAAGGACUAAGUAAAUCAACUUCAGACAAUAGACUUGUUACUCCAUCCCUACCAUCUGCCAAAGAAAGUGCCAGUCUUCAUUCUGUAGAAGAAGAGGAGGAAGAACCUGACGUGUAUUACUUUGAAUCAGAUCAUGUGGCAUUGAAACACAACAAAGAUUAUCAGAGACUGUUACAAACGAUUGCAGUACUCGAGGCUCAGCGAACUCAAGCAGUCCAAGAUCUUGAGAGUUUAGGCAGACACCAGAGAGAAGCACUGAAAGAUCCCAUUGGAUUUGUGGAAAGUCUCCAGAAGAAGGUUGAUGUAGGGCUUCCAUUUCCACAAAGAGUUGUCAAGCUGCCAGAGGUAUCCUGGGACCAAUACACCACAAGCCUUGGGAAUUUUGAAAGAGAAUUCAAAAACCGAAAGCGUAACAGUAGAAGAGCCAAGCUUAUUUUUGAUAAAGGUUUACCUACAAGACCAAAAAGCCCUUUGGAUCCCAGAAAGGAUGGAGAGACUACUUCGUACUCUGUUUUGCCUUUUAGUGAUUGUCCAGAAGCUUCAAUGAACAACCGUCCACAACAGAUGAUAAGGGGGCGACUUUGUGAUGAGACCAAACCUGAAACUUUUAAUCAGCUGUGGACAAUAGAAGAACAGAAAAAACUUGAACAAUUACUUUUGAAGUAUCCUCCAGAGGAAAUAGAAUCUCGGCGAUGGCAAAAAAUUGCAGAUGCGUUGGGUAAUAGAACUGCAAAGCAGGUUGCCAGCAGAGUGCAGAAGUAUUUCAUAAAACUGACUAAAGCUGGUAUUCCAGUUCCAGGCAGAACACCAAACUUGUAUUUAUACUCUAAAAAGUCCUCUAAUAGACGGCAACAUCCUUUGAAUAAACAUCUCUUCAAGCCUUCAACUUUCAUGACAUCCCAUGAACCUCCUGUGUUCAUGGAUGAAGAUGACGAUAGAUCCUGUUUUCACAGUCACAUAGCCAGUGCAGCAGAAGAAGAACCAUCAGACGAAGAAAGUAUCCCUAUAGCAUAUCGUGAAUUACCAGAAUAUAAAGAGCUGCUGCAAUUUAAAAAGCUGAGGAAGCGGAAGGUGCGACAAAUGCAUGCAGAAAGUGGCUUUGUUCAGCACAUUGGCUUUAAGUGUGAUAACUGUGGAACUGAUCCAAUUCAAGGCAUUCGGUGGCACUGCCAAGACUGCCCUGCAGAACUGUCUUUGGAUUUUUGUGAUUCUUGUUCUGACUGUCUACACGAAACAGAUAUUCACAAGGAAAAUCACCGAUUGGAGCCUAUGUACAGAGCAGAAAUGUUCUUAGAUAGAGACUACUGCAUGUCCCAAGGCCCCAGCUAUAAUUAUCUUGACCCCAACUACUUUCCUGCCAAUAGAUGACAAGGAAAGCAGAUGUGCAACCUGAAACAUAGUGUCACUUCUGAAAACCCAACAGCGGCACAGUCAUUGAUUCUGUGCCCACUAUGGAAAGGCAUGUACUUUCCCAGGAAUGUCAUCCACUGCAUGAGAGCUUCCCAGGUGCCCUUCACAAAUACAGCUCUCUGACCCGUCUUGUUACUAGGUCACUAAACAGAGGUUGAACAUUCCUAGUGUGCAGUUGGCUUUACCGGGCAGAUUUUCUUCACUCCAUUAAUCUUUAAAAAAAAAAAAAACCACCCAAGAGAUGAGUUACAAAAGUGUGGCCAGAAAAGAAAGCACACAUUAAGCAUAGUCAAUUCCAGAGGCUGAAAGAACUUGGCUUUUAUGCGGUGAACAGGUGAUGAAAUACUUACAUUGCAACAGUUUAGUAGUUUGCAGUUUUGUUGUGGAAAAUAGUCUCCACACAGAAAACUGGCUUAUUUCAGCAAAGUUUUAGCCUGUGGCAGUGUUUGCUUCUAGGACUACUCAUAAAACAAUCACUGUCCCAGGGUUGGUCCUGAUAGGCCUUGGAGCUGCUUAAUUACAUAGAUGUUUCUUUUACCUCCUCCUUUUUUCCCUCCCUUUUUACCACAAACUUAUUUACUGAGAGUGAAGCACUACAGGAGGCAACUGUGGCACUGCUUCCUUAACCAGCUCAUGGUGUGUGAAUAUAAUAAAAUUGUCAUGCAGAUAUAUUUUUAAAUGUAAUGUUAUAUAAAAUGACCAUGUGUUGUGUACAAAACUAUGGUGAGAAGUGCCAGUGGUAGUAACUGUGUAAAGUUUCUAAAUCCCCACCAUUAACUCUUAUGGAAUACACAGCCUUCUGCCUCUGUAUUUAGAGUUGUUAAUGCAACUCAUCAAAGAAAACUGCCUAAUAUAAAUCAUAUAUGGUAAUAAUUUUCCUCUUUUGUAGUAUGCACAAGGUCCAUGAAAGAUUGUAUUUUUAUUACUAUUUAAACAAGGUGAUUAAAUUUAGCCUGAACAGUGAGCAAGACUUCACAUGCAUUCUUUUAUACUGCUCGAUUUUGUUGUGCAUCAUUUAAAACAUUUUGUAUGUUUCUUCUUAUCUGUGUAUACAGUCUGUUCUUAAAUAAUGUUCAGUUGUCAGGAGAACUGUGAGAAAUAAACUAUGUGGCUACCGUCUGUUUAUAUAUA